UCGCCUGGAUACAACCUGAGCUGCCAGCGUCUGUUUGGUCUCCAGCCUACCAACGGCGAAGUUGACCAUAGGUAUGCGAGCCAGCAAGUCGACUGAACUUCACCAUAAAUUAAGUCACAUUUACUUUGAAGAAGGGGAGAUAUUUCUGCGGCGAGUGUUUGCCUGUAAGUAAGUAGUAACCAUAAAGUUAUAACAUGGCCGCAAACUGCGUAAGAGUGGACCCACCGUUUGUCGAGUUCAACGAUGUGAAAGUGGGGAAGGUCUACAAAACCAAAGUCACGGCCGCUAAUGUUGGAAAAACGUCGAAGAAAAUAACUUUUGUGAAACCUGCGUUAAAGUCAUUCAAGUUCACACCCCUCACCUCAGCUGAGGUAGUGGCUCCUGGUCUGUCUGUGAGCGGCUUGUUGGAGUUCACUCCAGAGGAAGACGUAGAAAUCAGAGACUGCCUUCUAAUUUAUGUGGAUGAUGUGGAGACCAUUGAAAUCCCACUGCUGGGGUUUCCCAGAGCUUGCUCCCUGCUAAUGGACUCAGUUGUAGACUUUGGCUGUGUUGCUGCCUUCAGUCAGAUUAUCAGCAAACAUCAUCACAUAACCAAUCAAGGAUCAGCACCAGGUUUGUUCCAGGUGCAGUACAAUCGAAACCCAUCAGUCAGACUGUCUCCUUGUAGUGGAGUCAUAGCAGCUGGCGCCACUCAGUGGCUGAAAGUGGAAUUGUGCACAGAUGGGCCCAGGCUGAUCGAUGAGAAGGCGCUGGUAAAAUUGCAGAAUUGCCCAGCUGUAGUUCUCAGUAUAAGGGCGGAGGUUGUGGACCAGCGCCUUGAAGUCUUUGACUUGCAGGGUGCUCCAUUGUCCUGUCUGUGGUUUGGACCUGUAUACUUUGGUACAUCCUCGGUGGAGAAAGUUAUUCUGAGAAACAAUGCACCCCACGCAUGUGAUUGGGUCUGUGUGCUCCAGGAUACUGCUGCUGGGACUGAGGUGGGAACAGAUCUCCAGAAGACAACAGAUGCUGCCCUGCUGGAGAGAAUGAAGAGGUGCAGCCCAGCCACUGAAGACGUCAACCGGGUCCUGGUGUGUGAUCCGAAACAGGGUCGACUGGGGCCGUAUGCCAAAACCACUGUUGCAGUACAGUUCAGCCCCAUCUGUAAGAGUACAACUGAAGGGAAGAAACAUGAUAUCUCAUCCACCCGUCAAGACUACUGCCUUUUCCUGCUGUUUGAAUCGGUGGGAAGCAGAUACGGCUUCACACAUCAUAAUGGAAACAGCAAUGUGGAGUUGGCAGUGACUGGCUCAGGACUGCCUGUGUCUCUGGUGCCUUGUCCCUCUGAAACAUUCGACUUUCUCACCUGUGUGACAGGUCAACGUGUAGACAGGCUGUGUGUCCUGAAGAACCUCUGCCCUCAGCUUCCCGUUAACUUCCACUUCCCCAAAUUAGCACAUUUCACUGCCAAGCCCUCAAUUGGCACAAUCUCCCCCGGGCAAUGCCAGGAUGUAGUAUUGUCUUUCACUGCAAAGCAGCAAGGGAGCUUCCAGAUGCAUCAGAAGAUCGAAGUCUUAGGUCAUGUUCUUCAGAGAGAUGGCAACACCGCGAAAGAUGUUUCUGUACUCAAGCUCUGCAGCAUUUGCACCAUCACACUACAUCUGUCUGCUGUCUGCCGCAGCAUCAAUCCAGCUGUUGCCUUCAACACAAUUAAAACACAACUCCACGUACACCAUGGUCCAAACCCAGAGGGGGAGGAGUUCCUGACUCUUCCCAGUGACCACGCCACAAGCACCAGCCCUGCCUCUGCAUACAGACAGUACAGGACCAUUUUCACUGAUGUGCACCGCUACCACUAUCUGGACACUGGCUAUGCUUUCACUUAUGAAGAGGAGCAAUACAGACAGCACCUAAGACAGAUUUAUGCAGAUUUCAUCAAACAGCUCAGACAAACACGCCUGCAAAAGAUCAAGGAGAAACAGCAGGAAAAGUUGGACGACAUUGUUGAUAUUGGGAUAGUUCCAUCUCAAGGGCUUGUUCCCCCUAAACUCCGCAUCACCGACCUGGAGAGCUAUAAGAUCUCAGAGACCAACUACAUCUGUGCUUCCACAGCAGCUAAACGCAGCAAAGACAUGACAUCUGGCAUCCAGCAGGGAAACUGUCAGGUUUCAGAACUAAUAAAUGCAGUUCCAACAACCAGCCAGGAGGUGGCAGACUGCAACAGGACUCUGACAGCUCAGGAGCUCUGCCAAGUUGACAUAGGUCCAGCAUUAAUGGACUUUGGCGAGGUGUGUGUGCAGUCAGUGUGUGUCCAGAAGCUUCAGCUGAUCAAUCACCUAUCAAUGUUCGUCUGGGUGCAGUUGGAGGAGGACUGCCCUGAGCUGCAGGGCUCCUCACCCCUCUCCCACGUCCUGCCACCCCACUCCCACAACACCCUGAACCUGAUGUUUCAAAGCAGCAAGCUGGGUCCUUUCUACAGACCUGUAUCCUACUCAGUGAACCGGCAACACCCUGGUCAGAUACGGGUCCAGGCACAGGUCGUCCCCUUGGCUCUGGAGCUGUCAGACACCCUGCUGGUGCUCCGGCCCUCCCCCAGUCUGCUCGCCCAGUCAGGAUACAGGAGCUCAGUCACCCUUAGAAACAGGCUUAACCAAGCCACAGAGUUCACAUGGAGACCAGUAGUGACAGAGAGUGGCAUCCUGUUCUCUGUUCGACCAGCCACAGGCACAGUGGAACCAUACAGUGAAUUGGACUGUGAGGUGGUGUGGCACCCCUCCUUCACCUCCCCUGCAGAAGGAGACUUUGACCUCUGCGUCCAUGAGGGCAAAACUCAACGCCUGCACUGUGUUGCUAAGGUUGGAUCCACCAGUGUGCAGCUGGCAGACAAACAGGUCCUGUUUCGAUCAGUACCUCUCAACAUGCCUUCUGUCAGAACUUCAGUCUUACACAACACUGGGCAGAACCAUGCCUACUACCAGGUGUUAGAUGUUUGCCCUCUGCCCGGGAUGGUGGUGAGUCCGGCCGAGGGCGUGGUGCCAAGUUGCGGGCAGGCCAUGCUCAAGAUCCACUUCAACCCUGACUCUGUCAUCAAGUUUGAUGCCAGAGUCGAGAUAGCUUUGAGGAGCAUGAAGUCCGUAGAGCUCAGAGUGGGCGGAUCAGUGGAGCCUCCAAACGUAGACAUCAGUGUGCCCGAUUUUCAAUUUUAUGAGGUCCAUACUGGUUCGCGGCGAGCCAUACCAUUCGCUCUGACAAACCUCUCCCCAGCCGCAACCCAGGUCACCUUUGACCUGUCAGGAUACACCGACUUCUCAUUGCAGCUGCCUCACCCGUCAACAAAAAAAGAGCCAGGCUUGAGUGUUGUUGAAGUCCAGGCCAAUCAGACUGUGGACUGUUCGCUUGUCUUUUCUCCCACCCGGGUGGACUGUUAUGACUUUGACUUGCCACUGACAGUCAACGGCGUGAGAUGGCCCACUGCUUCUCCGUCUCCUUUCCCCACUCCACCUUCCACCUCCUCCUCGCUGUCAGCUGGCAGCAGGAAGCAUGUUGUCAAACCUGUGUCUGUCAAUAUGGCGACACCACAGUCACAGCGUAUACAGGCCACAGUGCUGUGCUCACCACUCGAAAUGUCCCCUUCUAGCCUGCAGUUCUACGUGAAACCUUUGACACCCCAGUCUGAUGCUAACACUAAGACCGUUGAGCUGAAAGCAGUAUGUGAAGAGAAUGUCUUUUGGCGUAUUGGUGCCAAGAAGCAUGUAAACUGGUGGUUUGACUGUGCAGCAGUAGCGUUAUCAACAAAGGACAGAGGAAAGGGAGAAAUAUGUACAGUGUCUCCAUCAUCAGGCAGUCUGGGGCCCGGACAAUCCAUCUGUUUGUCGAUCAGCAUCAGCCCUGAGGCUAUCAAAACAGGGUCUGGACGAGUGAUUAAACUGUCCCUCCCUCUUUACCUGGGAGACAAGGGAGAGGAAAAGGGACAUCAACCCUACCGAGAGCUGUCUGUCACUGUUUCUCUCCAGCUUCCCCUUAUCACUAUCCACCCCCCUCAAAUCCUCCUCACACCAGUACCCCUGGAAAGCAAUGCAACUGUCAUGCUCACCCUGCUUGCACGAGGAUAUCAUAGUGGAACCAGUGUAACAGCAGAAGUGGAAGCAGUGGAACUGGAGGAUGGGACAAAGAUUCAACCUGUUUCUGUCGUGUUUCCAGAGGGUAACAACAUCCCUGCCCAGGAUCAGAGACAUCCAGUCAGCCACCAGAACCAGGAGUCCGAUGUGGCCUCUCUGAUCUGCAGAGUGUCCUUCUGUUCUGCCGUCCCUCUGUCCCUCUGCACAACCAUCACCUUCACUGACGACCAAGCCAACAGGUUUAAGGCUAAGAUGUGUGUUAUUGCUGAUAGCUGUCUGUUGACAGUCUGGCCCUUCUUGGCUUUGCACCGCUCUGAGCAACAGAUAAUUCUCAAGACUGGGGCGACAGCUGUCGAGGCAGUCCUUCAGCACUGUCAGACACCAAGUCCUGCCUCUGGUCCAACUUCAUCCUCCUCUUCCACAUUUGAUCACAAUAGCUCAACAUACAAAAACUCCAUCUCAGACUCUUAUCCAGGCAGUGACAGUGUGAGUGGUCAGGCCAGCAGGGACACAGAUAUCUCUCCCAACAGAGACACUCCAACCAAUACUAGCAUCCCACAAUUCCCUGCUACCAAUUCAGAGGAGGGAAUGUAUUACCAGAAUGUGUUACUGGCGGUGGAGAGGUGGUUUAGCCUCUUUGGGUGGCCGACUGGACUGCACCCUAUCUCUGUACCACACACGCUCAGAAGAGUUGUGUCAAAAAUUCAAAUGAAUCCUUCCAGCGGAAGAGUCAGUCAAAGUAAAGAUUCCAGGUCUUUAGUGGAUAUGCUUCAUCACCUGACCGGCAAACAGAUACCUGGUAUUCCUCGCUGUCAGACAUUUUCCAGUGAUAUAGACCAGCGAACCAAUCAGCUGCUGCAACAGCAUGAAGCUAUGCUUAAUUUUCUCAGGGUGCAGGGAGCCUGCCUUUGUCACAUCAAACCAGCGUACUUGCUGGACAUGCAGGAGUUUAAACACUGGUGUUCCCUGCAGUCAUAUGAGGAUGAACAUGGUUUAGACUACAGCAGUGUUGACUACGAGUCUCUCAGCAAACAAUGCUGGACUGAUUUGCUGUUGCAAAUACACAAGGUGCUGGUGCUGUAUCGCGUGUCAAAGAGCGGUCUGAGCACAACUGCAAACCACAAAGAUACAAAGGGAAACCUUCCUCUCAGCUUACAGCCACUGGCCAGUAACAUCUAUUCAUCCUGCGAGCUCCAGCUGCUGUCAUGGCUCAACAUGCACUACGAGAGCAUGAGGGACACCGUGUGGGGAACUGGUGGUGCCCCAUCAGCACGCUGGAUAGUGAAUUUCGACCUGGAUUUGACAGAUGGACUGGUGCUCGCUUCUCUGCUUGCUGCCUACUGCCCUUACCUGAUCUGCAGCCACUUCCGGAGGAUGUACACCACAACUAGCAGCCUGGAGCAAAUCCUUCAUAACAACAUCAUCGUGUACAAGGCCUUGACUGCACUUUGUCUCAACAUAGAUAUACAGCCCACAGACUUGUCAGACCCCAAUCCAGUGCAGAUGUUAAUGUUGUGUGUUCACCUGUACGAGAGGCUGCCUCAGUACCUGCCACUGCACACCAUUACACUCUCAGGAGGCCUUCAUAGCACUUUCAGUAAACAGGUGCGUCUGAAAAGUCCAUCCUCUAAGCCUGUCAAAUACCAGGUCUUCAUUUUAGGAGAGGAUGCCCACCUCUUCUCCCUCCCAGACGGAUCCACUGUCACCAUUCCUCCAAAGGCAAGCAUUGAUCUAACCGUCCAGUUCAAGUGCUCCUUCCUGCAGCCCAUGGAGGCAGUCCUUCUGCUCAUCUCCAGCUCUUCUGAUGGCCUGCACAGCACCACCCUCGCCUUCUGUCUGAAGACCCAUGUCAGUCAGAUCACACCCACAAAAACUGUCAAGUACAAGUGUCCAUGCUACCAGCUUAAAGUGAUCCAAGUGCCCAUCACUAACCCUUUCAACAAAGAAGCUCAUUUUAGGGUGGUGCUGUUGGAGUCUCCAGUCAACCCGCUGGAGCCUGAAAAGAAAAAAGACAGCCUCGUUCAACAGGCGUCCUCCAAGGCCAAUAUAGAGAAGAUGAAUUCAGACAAGAGCAGCAAGGAGGAGAUGGAAGAUGGUGACGACAGCGAGUUCCUCAGUGCAGAGAGGAGUGUUUGUCUGAAGUCAGGCCAAGCAGACACACUGAACAUCUACUACCUGCCCUUCUGCCCAGGCACCAAGUACUGCUCUAUACUGCUAGUUUGCCCGCAGGUGGGAGAUAUGGUCUAUGUGGUAAAAGCCACAGCAGAAUUGCCACUUCCUUCCCCUCUCACUGCCAGGCCCAGUUCUAACAUAGUCUCCAUCCCGGACAACUCUGACCACAUUGUGUGUGUGCCAGUGCUAAGCCUGAGCUGCCAACUGGGGCAGGUGUGCGAGGAGGUGGUGCGUGUGCCGCUGAUCAAUAUGGCCUGGGAGCAAGCUCUGGCCAUCUGGGGUCAACACAGCAUGAGUGCUGACGAACACAGGAGGCGGAUGCUGACACACACUUUGCAUAGCAGCACCGUGAGGGCAGCAACAGCUGCUCGCAAGCUCCUCCAACAACAGGCCAAGCUCCUGAAAGAUGCUCAGCAGAGUAAAGAACUCGAAUACAGCAUUGAGGUUUCUUUGCCACAGUACUUUACUUUACCCAGGACUGUAACAAUACCUGUAAAAGAAGACACCAACAUACCAUGGAAGAAUCUUGCAGAUUGUGGCUGUGUGGACAUCCCAUUACGCUUCCAGGCAAACUCUGUUGGACAGUUUGCAUGUCAGGUGGUCUUGAGGUCCUGGUGUGAUACGAGGGUCUACAUGCUAGAGGCACUGGUUACUUCACAGCAAAGAUCCAUCCACUUGGACUUCAGUUCGCCUGCUCACCGUUCCGUCACGCAAGAUAUUCCACUGCACAAUGAGACCCACCAAGACUGGACAAUCCAAGCUGAGGUGUGUGGUGAAGGAUUCUCCGGCCCAGAGGUUGUGAAUGUGCCAGCAGGGACAAAAGUCUGCUACCCCCUCACCUUUCAGCCUUCAGUACAAUGCAUUGUCAUGGGCAAGCUGUCCUUGCAUAAUGACUGUGACGGUACAGAGCACGUGUUUACCCUCAGAGGAGUGGGAGAGCACCCCCUGCCAGUGGACCAUGUGGUAUUACACUGCCCUGUUGGCCAGACCACACACACACAGCUGGAUGUCCCCAAUUACAGCCAGAACAAAGUCACCCUCAAGGUGGUGACAGAUGUAUCUGUUGUAAGUGGCACCCCCUCCCUGGAGAUUAAACCUGGUCACAGUGCUCCAUACUCCCUGACUGUGUUACCAUGGAAACGUGGAAAACAGACAGGUUUGUUGUCUUUUCAAGAAAUGGAUGAUAUUCAGGAGGCAGACACACUCAAAGGAAAUGUACGAGGAUGCUACAAGGUGCAUUUCACACUGGAGAUCAUUUGUGAGCCAGCAGCACCCAACAUGGUCAUAAAUGUACAGUGUACAACUCAGAGCUCAGUUGCCAUAGAGAUCCCUGUCAAUAACCCACGAAGAGAGCUCAUGAUGCUGGAUGUCUACCUGGAAGGAGAUGACAUCAGUGGCGCCAGUACAGUUUCAAUUCCCCCAGGGAAGACUCUCACCUACAAAGCUACAUUCUCCCCUGGCGGAGUGGGGAAAAGUAUGGGCAGUGUUUUGUUCCAGUCGGAGCAGGUGGGGGAGUUCUGGUAUCAACUGGAGCUUUAUGCUCUUCCUCCUCCAGUCCUCAAGCUACCACAGGCCUGCUGUCAGCUGGGCAAAUGGACCAGACAGACUGUUCCCCUGGUGAACCCCACAGCUGAGCCUCUGAAGCUGCUUGUAGCCAACAGUAACCCCAGAAACUUCAAACUCGAAAUUGAUUCAGGAAGGACUCUUACUGUGGAACCCCACUCUUGCUACCAGCUUGGUGUCCGUUUUAGUCCUUCAUCCAUUGGAGAGGGGAGGCACACUGCAAAUAUCAGUUUCACCUGCCCUGAGUUGCAGGAUUUCUGUGUGUCACUGAGUGGACAUGGCCUUUAUCCGGAGAGUGAGGAGCCAAUGAGCAUCUCUUCCCUGAUUGGCUCCAAAAGCUACAUCACUGUUCCCUUUGCAAACCCCACUGAGCACCCAGUCUGGCUCGAUAUCACACUCACAGAUGAGGAUCCAAGUGAGGCCUCCAACUGCCACCAAGGCUCUGCAGACAUGGACGUCUUCUCUGUCCCUCUGAGCCACACAAAAGGGAUACAGCUCAGUGAAGGGGCCAGUUUUGAUGUGCCUGUGGUUUUUGCACCUAACUCUGUGGAGGUAAAACAGGCCUGGCUUUGCAUCAGUAUGAAGCUCCUCAGCAGCCCUGACAACAAUGGUACCUUCAGCACAGACAACAAGAGGUCAGAGCAGGAAUCGUCAACCAUCUAUUGGAUUUACCCUCUCCGUGGGAUUCCCGUGGAAGUGCCUGUUGAGAACUCACCACUUGGCCCGCUCCAUUGUGAAGCAGGCUGCCAGUUGGAAACGAAGGUGGAUGUACUGCUCACUGGGUGUAUGCUGGGGAAUCAAAAAUGGGAAGGCCAGAAAGUUAACAGCGUGACGAUCCAAGAAUUCCUGUGCACGGUGCGUUCGGACUGCAACACACAGUGCUCAGAGGUGGAGAACUGCCUUUCUGCUUCCGUCGAAGCAGCAAAGCGGGACCUUGAGACUGGCAUUAUAACACUCACCCUGAAUGUAGUCUACACUCCCUUCAGGCCAUGCAGUAUCUUCUCCCUCUACCUCUGCUUUUUCUCAUCUUCUCUCUCUCUCAGAUGCUCAGCGGUCCUAGCCGUACAGUGUGGGUCCAACAGGAUCUGGGAGGUUCCCAUCACUCUCAUCGCCACUGAGCCUCAGGUGGACGAUGUCAUCCUCACUGAAACCACUGAGGUGGGAAAAACGUCAGCGGUGGGCUUCCGUCUGACCAGCACCACCAGGAGGCCGGAGCCGUUCACAGCAGCGUUCCUGCCAGGCAGCAGCAGUGAGUUCACAGUGACUCCAGCCUCGGGGAUGUUACCUCCUGUUGGUUCGACCGGAGCUCUCCUCAUUGUGUCCUUCACACCCACCAAAGAUAGCAGGCACAGAGCAAGACUCGGCAUCCAGGCAGCAGACAUGCAGUGGACCUACGAGGUGAAAGGAAAAACCCCUCAUGACCCCCCACCCCUCUGCACUACAUCCACCAAUGGCAGCUGUUCUCUGUCACGUCCAACCAAUGAACGGCAGCAGAACUUUGUGGCUCUUAACCUUCGUCUUCCUGCCAUGGCUAACUCAUCCCCACUCAAAGUCCGUAGAUAAAGGACAUCCUCACUCUCAGUCAGCUAAGGAUUGUCAUUUUUGUGUAAUUUCCUUUUAGACUUUUUUGUGUUUUUGUCUGGCCACAUUUACCAGACAAUGUCACCUUCAAUUAAAGAGAUACCUUUAUGUUUGGAAAA